AAGAGCUCUAGUUCGAAUUUCUUCACAUUUUUGUCACCACUUGCUUACAACCUGAGAUAUCGGUGAAAUUAUUACACCCUUCUCAUGGAUUUUGUUCCUGAGCGGGAAGGUGUUGUUAAGGACGAGAAGACAGGUGAGCUUUAUAUCCCUGCCACACGUCGACCAGACGGAACUUGGAGAAAGCCCAGAAAAGUCAAAGAUGGAUAUGUACCCCAAGAGGAAGUUCCUGUAUAUGAAAAUCGAGGAGUCCAAUGGAUGAAAAGUCGACCCACCCUGCCCCCUGGACUAAACCCAGAAGAUGUUGAGGCAUCGAAAAAAUCCGACAGCCAACCCAUGUCUAAGUCUGCUAAAAAGAACGCCAAGCGGAAAGAAAAGAAGAAACAUCAGCAGGAGUCGGGGGCUGGGGGGAGGGGGGAAAGUGUAGAGACAGUUACUGCAAUGCUGGCAGCUUCGAAAAUUUCUGAUGCUUCUCAGAAUGAGGUUCCACCUAGUGAUAAAGCAGCCAUAGAAAAGAAACUUAGGAACUUGAAAAAGAAAUUAAAACAAGUGGAUGACUUAAAAGCUAAAAUUGACUCGGGUGAGCUAAAGAAUCCGGAAAAAGAGCAGCUGGCGAAGGUAGCGAAGAGACAAGAAUUGGUGGAUGAAAUAGAAGACCUGGAAUUAGACUUAGAAGAUUAAUUGUAAAGUGAAAACAGUGAGGCCAAAUAUAAAAAUUUAUUUGUUUGCAGUUGCCUACCGACCCACUGAAAAUGCACCCGACCCAAACUUUUUUUAGCCAUUUUGUAAUUUUUUUUUCAAUUUUUCAGAAUAUUGAAACAGUUUUAUUUUAAAAUUUUUGAUUUUUUGUUUAUCAGUCAGUGGUUUAUAAAAAGAGAUGAGCUUAUUCAUGUCUAGUAGGUCUAUGAAAACCUCUUUUAUUUGUUUUCUAGCAAAAAUCUGAUUUUUUUUUUCCGCAAAAAAAAAGAAUGCCUACCUACCGACUCAGUCAAAAAAUUAUAGGUCGGCAACUGCAAACAAACAAUUUUUUAAGCUUGGCCUAAAAUAAAAAUUUAUUUGUUUGCAAUUGCCUACGACCCACUGAAAUUGCACCCGACCCAAAUUUUUUUUUUUUAGCAAUUAUAAUAUUUAUUUUAAUUUUCAGAAUAUUAAAACUGUUUAAUUUUAGAUUUUAUCAAUCUGGUUUAUACAAGACUGAAGAUUAUUCUGGUUUAGUAGGUCUUUGAAAAGCUGUAUUAUUUUUUAUCUAACAAAUAUCCAAAAACUUAAUUAAAAAAAAGAAUGCCUUCUUACAUUGUACCUACCCACUCAAAAGAUUAGAUCGGCAACUGCAAACAAAGAAUUUUUUGAGCUUGGCCUGAUAGUAAAUUUUAUAAAAAUGAAUUUCUAUCACGUACAUAAUGUAAGUGAAUUUAAAAUACAUGUUUUAAUAUUCACUAAAAAAUGAAUUAAUUAUGAAACAUAUUCUGCAGGGUCCAUAAUGUGUUAGAUAAGGAACAUUGACUCAUAUCAGGUUUCAGAAAAUGUUGUGCAUUCAUUUAUCAUUUCUAGAUAAGUUUUUGAUGCAUUUUGAGAAAAAAUAAAUAAAUAGGUCAAACCAAUA